GAUGACUUCAUCACGGCGAUUAAUGAUAACUCCGAGUUCAGAAGAGCAUCAAAUAUAAGUACACAUUAACAACUCCUCGCUUUAACACUCCGGUUCAUUCACUCUACAAUACUGACCUCUCAUCUCUAUUUUCUUUUCUACUUGCCUGCGACCAAGAUACCUUGCCUCCGACAACAUGCCAGGCUGGAAGAGCACUUUCAUAUCAUGCUCAGUGGCCUUUGUGGCUCUGGGCAAUUUUGCUGCUGCUAAUCUACAACCUCAAUGGGUUCAUUUUGAUAGCAGCGGCAUAUCUCUUGCUGCGCAUUUAUACGUACCAGCUACAAAUGCAACGGGCAAUGCGUCACGACCAGCAAUCGUGACAAGUCACCCGCAUGGUGGUGUGAAAGAGCAGACAUCCGGUCUCUAUGCGCGACUGAUCGCGGAACGCACCGGAUUCAUCACCCUUGCCUUUGAUGCUGCUUACCAAGGGGAAAGCGGCGGCCUCCCGAGAUACCUCGAGGAUCCUUACCAACGGGCCGAGGAUGUUAGGAAUGCAGUUACCUAUCUUUCCACACUGGACAUUGUGGACCCCGAACGCAUUGGUGUUCUGGGUAUUUGUGCUUCAGGAGGUUAUGUACCUUUCGCAGCACAAACCGACAAACGCAUGAAGGCGGUAGCAACUGUUAGUGGGAUCGAUCUAGGAACACUAUAUUCCGAAGGGUUCGCAAGCUACAAUGGAGAUAUGCUUCCGACUUUGGAGAGCCAGCUCGAAGAGGCAGGCAGGCAACGCACACAAGAGGCUUUGGGCGCCAAGCCCAACCUAACUCGAAUUUUUCCUCAGACUGCCGCAGACGUAUCGCCAGACAUGCCGGUAUUCUACCAAGAGUCGUACGAUUACUACCAAACACCUCGUGGCCACGUCGAGACAGCACCGAACUGGCAUCUCUGGCGCAGCCUGGACAUGAUUGCCACAUAUCGGUCUUAUGCAGACAUCGAUCUCAUCUCGCCCCGGCCUUUGUUGAUGAUUGCUGGUAGUGAUGCGGACACACUUUAUUUCAGUCAAGAAGCCAUCCGAAGAGCGAACCAGCCCAAAGAACUGUUCGAAGUUCCCGGUCUGACACACAUUGACCUGUACGACCACACCAACCAGAGCGUCCCAAAACUGGUGGACUUUUUCACGACACAUCUGUGAUCGCCUGCCACUUGUCAUCCGGAGGCCUGAUCCGCCUACGGCGGCGAAGGUGACGGGUUCGAAACUCAUGAGAACCACCCCUUCGAGGGCUAGCUAAGUGUGUUCUGGAGAGAAGUUGUGGUUUUGCCAGCUCGGUUCAAACCGGCUGGCGCGGGUCUUGGGGCUCGGCCAAAUGAUGGUUUUCCCUUCUUCUAGCGAACUGGCACGGGGGUGAGAAGAAGGUAUGUUGCCUAGAUCGCCAGGUCGCGAACCUUUUUUACAAGAAAAUAAAAUAAAUAGAAAAUACGUAGAGCGGAUAUUGUCUCUACUUUCAGCUUGGAGGAUUGUGAGCAUAUUGUCUGGUAGAACCGGGUUAGAAUUAUUAGAACCA